AUGGAGGGUGCAAGUACAAGUGUGCGAUUCAAAAAUGUGGAAACAUCUACUUUUAUUGAGGCAAAUGAAAACUCAAAUACUUUACGAAAAACAAUGGGCCAUUUGAACAUUUUACGUGAGUAUUUUGAAAUUAAAGGGGAGUCAAGAGAAAUUUACAAUAUACCCCCAAAUGAGUUGGACCCUCUCUUGUCGAACUUUAUUGUGAAUGUCCGCACGAAAUCUGGCGAAGAAUAUGAGCCCUCAAGUCUUAGGGGAAUGAUAGGGAGCUUCGAAAGACACUUAAAACGUCAUCGUUACCAGUUUUCAUUAAUAACAAGCUUUGAAUUUGCACGGUGCAGAGAGGCCCUAAGGGCAAAACAAAAGGAUUUAAAAGCACAAGGGCGUGGAAAUAAACCCCAAAGGUCCGACUCUUUAACACCUGACGAAAUUGAAACUCUUUACAAUACUGAACAACUUGGAAAAGCUACACCAACCUCUUUGAUUAGCACUCUUUGGUUUAACAACACAUUGUAUUUUGGUAUGCGAGGGGGAACUGAACACCGUAACAUGAGGUGGGGGGAUGUAGUCCUAAAAAGGGAUGAGGCACUUCAACUCGACUACUUAGAGUACCAUGAAAGGGCCACCAAGACUAGAACCGGCGUGGAUGUCACUGAUAGCCGGGCGUGCCCACCUCGCAUGUAUGCAACCCCUGCCAACCCUGAAAAAUGUCCCGUAUCAACCUAUAUUUUGUAUAGAGAUAAACGUCCCGAAGGAUAUUCAAAACAUGAGGACCCCUUUUACAUUUCAGUCGUUACUAACGAAAAACGUCCUAGAAUGCAAGAUCGAUGGUUUAUAUGUAGCCCUAUGGGCGUCAACAAACUCAAUGACCUUAUGAAAAGAAUGUCAAAAAAUGCUGGCCUACCUGACAAUAAGAAAAUCACCAACACAAGUGUCCGUAAAACUCUCGUCCAAAGAAUGACGGAUUCGAAUGUCCCUGACACAUUACAAGUGUACGUAACAGGUCACAAAAACAUUCAGUCAUUGAAUAACUACCGCACAAUAAACGACUCACAGAAAUACGCAAUAAGCAGCAUUUUAUCAAAUUCCUCCGGCAAUAUAUCCUCAUUAGUUCCAUUCUCAAAUGCUUCUACACAAAACCAUUCUCGUUUUGAAACAUCAUCAUCAACCAGAGCCCUGCGGAACUCUACAGUGACACACGCACAGCCGUUCUUCGACUUGACACCAAUUUCGGAUAAUACCGCCAUUGAAACUCAAAACAACCAAGUUAAUAUGCAGCGCUCGACAUCAACAUCUAUGGGAUCAAUAUUUAGCGGGUCACAAAUUCAUGGAAAUGUAACAGUUAAUAUUACAAACAAUACCUAUCAAUCCAGGAAACGAGUUCGUGUGAUUGACUCCGACUCGGACUAG